ACUGUGAACCAACUCUGUCGGUGAUUGGUCGCAAAAAGACUGGAGCGUCUACCACAGUUUAAAUAGAUGAAGACAAUAUAAGCAUAUUACUCGACAAACGCAUAGGUCAUAACUGGCAAAAGCUAUAGGAAGUGGACAAGCGGAGUGGACCAUAGAUCGACGUGACAGUCUGGCCAGCCUGACAACCAUCGAAGGUGAACCAUGGAAAAGCCAGCAAUUACUCGAUUCUGUCUUUUCGCAAUGAUAGCUUUGACUGCAUGCUUAAUGUUUUCAAAUGCAGAGUCCAAAGGCUGUUAUGACAGAGCAGGUAGCAGAAUAUGCAAACGGCUUAAAGGGUACUGUUCAUCGCACCACAUUCGUUUGUCACAAAGUUGCAAGAAGACAUGCAAUUAUUGCAAUGGCGUUUGCAUUGAUGUACUGAAGGACUUGUGCAGAAAAUGGGUCUGGUACGGAGCUUGUAAAGCUCACCCAAAGGUUUUGAAGAAGCUUUGUAAAAAAUCCUGUGGAUUUUGCGGAGCGUCUGCUCCUCCAAAGAAGUCUGCCUGUGCAUCAAGUCCUUUUGGUUGUUGCUGGGACAAAGUCACCAAAGCGUUAGGUCCAUCGGGCAUCGGCUGUAGGCCAUGCAAGAAUAAAUACAGGUUCUGUCCAAGAUUCUAUGUGGAUUGUAUUGGCGGUCAUAACAAAGCAUUUAUGGAGAGACACUGUCCAGUAACGUGUCGAAUGUGUAGGCCAUCGAAAACAAAGACUGCGAACACCUCAAAGAAACGAGUGAAGCGACGCUGAUGAAAGCAAACGAAACACGAGCAGUUGAGACUUUCCAAAACAAGGAGCAGUUAUGACUUUUCUAAACUAUUAGAAGGACAAGUCGUUUGAUUUAUGUAAAACUAAUGAGUAUAAGAUUUACUUUGACCAAAA